CCACAUUACCGCUACCACAGAUGUGUAACCACCACUUUUUCAUUCCAAAUAGUGUCUUCUGUUGGGCUUGGGUUUCCCUCAUGUGGAGAUGGCCCAAACUAAAGCCCAAAAAUAAAGAAAGAAAAAAAAUUGCAGCAGCUUUAUUCGUUUUUUGAGUGGGUGAAUAGCGUGAAAAAAUAGGGACACUAUCCAUGGAUGCAAAAUGUGCAGAAGUGAGGAAGAGGUAGCUGCAACAAGUUUUUCCGAUGACUAUCCAACGGUGAAUUUUGCUCCGUUUUUACUCAAAUUCAGAGUGUGUUGUUGAUGGCAAGAUCUUUACAUCUAACGGUCAGAAUGCAGAGGACGUUUGGCUCUUCAAUCUGGAUGGUUGGUUUUCGAUUUUCGGCUGAGUUUGGAGUUAUACAGCCUACAUUUCCGGUGUUUUGCUGGUGAUUUUUCUCCAUCUUUUUGUAACUCUUUUAUGUAUUUCACUUUGUUAAAAGUUGUGAUAUAACUCUAAAUUUUGUGUGAAAUAUUAUUGGUGAUUUGUGGCUGUUGUAAACACUUUUUAUUAUAGUGGAUUUAAGUGGACCAUUAGAUCCCGUGGUUUUUUCAUCUCUUUACAUCGAAGAGGUUUUUCUACAUAAAAUUGUUUGUGUCUAUUUUGAAUUUGAUUGUUGUUUUAGGCAUAUUUGCUCAAGGUUUUACUCCUUACAAAUUCGUUCUAAGUAGGAAAUAUUUGUUAGUGCAUUAUUUAUUUUCACUUCUCAACAAACCUCAAUGAAACUCUCUUCUCUAAUCCCGAAUGCCCCCCUUAGCAAUGGAUUUUAUAACACCUGCACUGGGGGCCUGCAAGGCCCUGAUAGAGCCUAUGGCCUCUUUCUUUGUAGAGGAGACAUCUCUCCUGAUCUAUGCCAAAUUUGUGUCAAGGUCGCUAGUAAAAAAAUCGAAAACCUUUGUCCUAAACAAAAAGAAGCAAUUAUAUGGUAUGAAGAGUGCAUGUUAAGGUACUCAAACAGGUCUGUUUUCUCUGAUAUGGAAGAGGAUCCUCCUGUUUAUUUGGGGAACCAAAAUAACGCUAUACAUCCCAGUCAGUUUAAUCAGACUUUGGCUGAUUUGAUGAAAAGUUUGGUUCAUGAUGCUGUGUCAUCUAGCAACUUUUUUGCUGCUGAAGAUGUGAAUUUCACAACUUUUACUAGGCUAUAUGGGAUGGUGCAAUGCACUCCUGACAUUGUUUCAUCUGAGUGCCGCAUUUGCUUGGCUGCUUGUGUGAGUGAGAUUCGUAAAUAUUGUAAUGGGAAAGAAGGAGGUAGAGUUUCUAAGCCUAGUUGCAAUAUCAGGAUUGUCGGAUUCACUUGUGUCCUUUUACAAAGGAGGAAGACAAAGCAGGAGAUCGGAAGUGAGCAAGAGGCAGAAGGUUAAUUAUACCCUUUCUCCUGCCACAAUUUUAUAUCACCAGCUCCUCCUUCUCAGCCGCCUCCGUCGCUGCCUUCUCUGUGGCUAGUUAUUCCAAAAGACAAAGGAGAAAGACAAAGCAGGAGAUCAGAAGUAAGCAAGAGACAGAAG